CAAGUUAUUAGGGAGGCAAGCGAAGGUCCAGUCAGCUGCUCCCCAUCUUUUCUACAUCUACCACUGUGGCCGUCAUCUUUCCUGUAUGGUGGAUAUUAUUUUCAGCUCUUCUUUCUUGGGUGAUAUGGGGGAUCAUUCCAAAAAGAAGCCAGGAUUCGCGAUGUGUGUAGGAUGUGGAAGUCAGAUCCAUGACCAGUACAUACUGAGAGUCUCUCCCGACCUGGAGUGGCACGCAGCCUGUCUGAAGUGCGCAGAGUGCAGCCAGUACCUGGAUGAGACCUGCACUUGUUUCGUCCGCGACGGCAAAACAUAUUGCAAACGAGAUUAUGUAAGGUUGUUUGGGAUUAAAUGCGCAAAAUGCAACCUGGGAUUCAGCAGCAGCGAUUUGGUGAUGAGGGCCCGGGAUAACGUGUACCACAUCGAGUGUUUUCGGUGCUCGGUGUGCAGCAGACAACUGCUGCCCGGAGACGAGUUCUCUCUGCGGGAAGAGGAGCUGCUGUGCCGGGCGGAUCACAGCCUGCUGCUUGAGAGAAGCUCCGCGGGGAGUCCGAUCAGUCCCGUCCACAUCCACUCCAACAGACCACUACACCUGGCAGAUCCGGUCACGGUGCGGCAGGCCCCGCAUCGGAACCACGUCCACAAGCAGUCAGAGAAGACGACGCGGGUGCGGACGGUGCUGAACGAGAAGCAGCUGCACACGCUGCGGACCUGCUACAACGCCAACCCGCGGCCGGACGCGCUGAUGAAGGAGCAGCUGGUGGAGAUGACCGGCCUCAGUCCCAGAGUGAUCCGGGUCUGGUUCCAGAACAAGCGCUGCAAAGACAAGAAGAAAACCAUCCUGAUGAAGCAGCUCCAGCAGCAGCAGCACAGUGAUAAGACUGUAAGCAUUUUCAACCUGCAGGGCCUCACAGGGACGCCUCUCGUGGCUGGGAGUCCCAUUCGGCACGAGAGCACAGUGCAGGGAAACCCGGUGGAGGUUCAGACCUACCAGCCUCCGUGGAAAGCACUGAGCGAGUUCGCCCUGCAGAGUGACCUGGACCAGCCGGCCUUCCAACAACUGGUGUCUUUCUCUGAAUCGGGAUCACUCGGGAACUCCUCGGGCAGCGACGUGACUUCUUUGUCCUCUCAAUUACCGGACACUCCCAACAGUAUGGUACCCAGCCCGGUGGAGACGUGAAACGGGGCCCUCAGACCUGCGGGUCCCCUCUCAUCCCUGCAAGGACAGUUGCAGCAUGUUACCCCCUCCCCACCCGUGGUUCCCCACUGCAUGUGACCUGCUCAUCACAUCACCCAGACUUCAGCGAGGAGAGAGAUUUCUUUUAAUUUCUUGAAAUGGAAGAAAUGGAACGUUUUUUUUUCCCCUUUUCAACCCCUCUCUUGGAAACUUCACUGACAGAAACUAAGCAGAACAAAUUGUUGCAUGACUUGAUGCAGAGACAGACGAUGUACAGAAGACUUCCCGCUGGAUAUACUGCAACAAACCAUAAUAACACAUAUGGAAACCACCGACAUGGACAUUCUGCAGUCUCAUUGUGAUCAUAUGUGUCUCGUUUCUUCAACCUGGCAACAUUUUUUAUACGUUUAUUGCGUUGUUCGAGUCCCGUUGACUCUCAUUGUCUUAAAGGUCAUAGCAUGAUAAUCUGCUAAUUAUUCGUGUUGUAAAAAAAAACAAACAAAAAAUCUUUAUGUUAAGGGCAGGAUACAGGUUGUUUGAGCUUCUCGAGCAAAAAAAGUAAAUUAUUGUUAUUAUAUUAUUUAUUAGUAGGAAAGUAAUUCGUAAAGGGAUUAUUAACUGGUAAAAAAAAAAAUAAAAAAAAGAAUCCUGAAUAUAUA